AGUAUGGCGGCGGUGUGCAGCUGGAGGAAGGAUGCUACUGUCGCCCGUCAUGUGUCAAUCGCCGGUAGGACGUAAAUGGAAAUUUGACGGAAAAAACAGAAGAAGGAUUUAACGAGACAGGCUUGUGGCCGUGAGCUCCAAAGAUGUCGAGACUCGCCGACUACUAUCUGGUGGUCGGUUACGAUCUCGACAAGCGAGCCGUCGAGGGUGAAGGUCAAGGUCGCAUUCUCCAGCGGUUUCCUGAGAAAGACUGGGAGGACAGCCCCUUCCCACAGGGCGUGGAGCUGUUCUGUCAGCCCACUGGUUGGCAGCUGUAUCCUGAGCGACAGCCUGCUUCUUUCUUCGUGGCGGUUUUGACCGACAUCAACUCUGAGCGUCACUACUGUGCCUGCUUCACCUUCUGGGAGGGCCUGGACAACCCACAGCUGCUGAAGUCUGAGACCAGCGAGGCGGACGAGGUGGAGGACGAUCUCUCCGUCGUCAGAGCCGCUCAGGUCUUCGCCCCAAAGAGCCUGGUGCUGGUGUCCCGCCUGGACUACACCGAGGUGUUCAGGAACUGCCUGGGUCUGAUCUACACCGUCCACGUAGAUGGCCUCACUGUCCCCAUGGAAACGGUGGUUGGAAAUCUCCUCACAUGUAUCAUCCCCAUCGCUGGAGGAUCUCAGACAGAGGAGGCUCCAGUUUGUAGUUUAGUAAAGGUUCCUCAGGCGUGUGAUUGGCUGCUGGCCUGUCUCCAGCCGGGCCAGGAGGAGACGGAGGAGAGUUUGAGAACGAUCACAUUAGGUGCUGGCGACCGGCAAGUCAUCCAGACGCCCAUCGAUGACGCACUUCCUGUCAGCGGCAGCACCGUGGCGCAGCUCUUCAGACAGCUCGGCAUCGUGAACGUUUUGUAUCUGUUCUGCGCCGCGCUGACGGAGCAUAAGAUCCUGUUUCUGUCCAGCAGCUACCAGAGGCUGACGGACGCCUGCAGGGGGCUGCUGGCCAUCAUGUUCCCCCUCAAAUACAGCUUCACCUACGUUCCCAUCCUGCCGGGGAAACUUCUAGAAGUCCUGAGCACCCCGACCCCCUUCAUCAUCGGGGUCAACUCCGUCUUUCGCUUGGAGACACAAGAGCUGUUGGACGUGAUCAUCGCUGACCUGGAUGGCGGCACGGUGACGAUCCCAGAGUGUGUCCACAUCUCGCUGCUGCCGGAGCCCAUCCUCCAGCAGACCCAGACUGUGCUCUCCAUGGUUUUGGAUCCAGAGCUGGAAAUCGCUGAUCAGGCCUUCCCCCCCCUCUCCACGCAACCCUCCGCCCUCAAGAUCCAGGAUAAGGAGAUCCGAGGGGUUUUCCUGUGGCUGUUCGCUCGGCUCUUCCAGGGCUACCGCUGGUGUUUACACAUCAUCCGCAUCCACCCAGAGCCCGUGAUCCGCUUCCAUAAGGCUGCCUUCCUGGGUCAGAGGUCGCUGACGGAGGACGACUUCCUGAUGAAGGUGUUGGACGGCAUGGCGUUCGCCGGCUUCGUGUCGGAGAGAGGUCCUCCUUACCGAGCCACGGACCUGUUCGACGACCUGGUAGCCAAUCAUGUUGAGCGGAUACGACAGGAGGAGACGUGUCCGCAGAAAGUCCUGAACCACGUCAGGGAGCUGGCCGAGCUGCUCUUCAAAAAUGAGAAUCCUUACCCCGCUGUAGCGAUGCACAAAGUCCAGCGUCCGUCAGAGAGCAGCCAGAGCAGCUCUCUGAGUCAAACUCCGUUCCCUUCGCUGGACGAUGUGACCGUGCAGCUCUUCAUCGACCACGCCGCCUCCAAACUGAAGAGCGCUCCCCCUGUGGUCAAAGCUGAGCUCAAGGGCAUGGUGCCGUCCGGACCCCCACUGGCUUCUUCUCAUAUGGUGCUGCGACCGUACACCUUCAACUCCAACCUGAAGGUGUGGGAGUUCUACAUGGAGGAGACUCUGUCGGAGGGCCCGUCGUACGACUGGGAGCUGAGGGGCCGGCAGGAGCGAGUCGCCGAGGAGACGCCGGAGAAACCCGACAGCGCCGGGCCCAAAUCUCAGCGCCGCAUCGUGUGGCCGUGCUACGACUCGCUGAGCAAAGUGGUGCCCGACGCCAUCACCAAACUGCUGCAGGACCUCCAGAGCCUGGAGGCGGAGCUGGGGCAGACGGCCGACAAGUGGAAGGACACCUGGGACAAAAUCAAGAGCACGCAGAGAACAGAGACCAAACUGGAGAGCAAGCCGUCGUUCUCCAGCUCCCUCCUGAUGUCGUCCAACCUGAGCCACCAGCGGCGCUCUCAGGGUGUGUACCUGCAGGAGAGCGGCGUGGGCUCCUCCAUCAACCUGGCUCUGGACUGCGAGGCGAGCGCCACCUCCACCCCGGUGCCUGGGAGGCCGAGCACCAGCACCCUGUACAGCCAGUUCCAGAGCACCGAGAGCGAGAACAGGAGUUUUGAAGGCAUCUUGUAUAAGAGAGGCGCGUUGUUGAAGCCAUGGAAACCUCGGUGGUUUGUUCUGGACAAAACCAAACAUCAGCUGAGAUACUACGAGACUCGGCAGGAUAAAGAGUGUAAAGGCGUGAUCGAACUCGGCGACGUAGAGUCUGUUUAUCCGGGAACGUCGGCCAUGGGAGCGCCGAAAAACAUCGAGGAGAAAGCCUUCUUUGAUGUCAAGACGACCAAGCGAGUUUACAACUUCUGCGCGCAGGACAGCCUGAACGCUCAGCUGUGGAUGGACAGUGUGCAGAGCUGCCUGUCAGACGCCUAAAGAGGAGGCGGGACUCUUUAAUGAACCAAUGAGCAGUGCUGUGGGCACCUGACAGACAUCUCUGCGGGCCAAUCACAGCGUGGCAGAGAAAGAAACAGUCCCUUUCACCACUUUAAGCUCUGCUCCGUUCGCUAGUGUUGAACUAAUAACUUUGCGUCACAACGUUUCAGUGUUUUUGUUAUAAAAAAAGGAGAAAAACAAGGAAAAAAAACAAAGUCCCUGAUGAACCACUCGCUGUCGUGUCACCACGGAGACGCAGCCUCUCACCCCCCCCCCCCCCCCCCCCCGACAGCCGGACCACGAAGUAUGCACAAAGACGAAUUGAAGCAUUUCUGGAGGAGCCUAAAACCGAUCUAAAAAAUGGACCAAAACCUGUAGUCGACCUGCCAGCUGUGUAACCACGGAGAUGUUGAAACCCCAAAAUGUAUAGUACGGGUCCCCAGCAUAUAGAAACUCCUGGAUGCUAACUUGCAUAUGUUGGGCAGUUAGCGUUAAUUAGCAUAUGCAGACAAUAGUUUGAGACAAUUUUGGAGGUUAUUGAGGAUGUUUCUGACAUUUUUACGAUUAAAAAAAAUUGCAGUUUUAACCAGAAAGUGGCCAUAUUUGUAUUCCUGGUGGGCUGAUUUUGACUACUUUUGUGACCAUUGGAUAUAGGGAGGACAAGAUGACAAUUGUUACGUUCACUUCAAAUGACCCAGAGUCCCCUAAGACUUCAAAAUCGAUCCAAAAUGUAUCAAAAUCAGCCCACAGGGAGUCAAUAUAUGGCCAUUUUCCGAAAUUGAUUCAACAUCCUCAAUAACCUCCAAAACUAUUGUCUCCAUUUGCUAAUUAACGCACGAAUGCUAUUAGUGCAACUUGCCCUAAGUUAGCAUCCGGACGUUUCUAUGUGCUGGAGACCCGUACUAUACAUUCCUAUCAUAAAACUUUGGGGUACUCAACAUUUCCGUGUUCACAACAGGACUCAGACGAUGAGGAACACACACUUCUGAAAGCAAACACCCGUCGUUCCUCUCGUUGCCUCUCACUGCCUGAUGGAGGAAAUCAAGAGGGGGGGAAAUGACGGAGGAGGAGCUUUUCAACGACGGUUCAUGAAGGAUUUCCCUUUUUCUUUUUGUCAUAUUUCAAAAAUAUGACUCGGAAAGAUGCAGUGUGUGGGCGAUGAAGAUACUGUGAAGGCCAUGAAUGAGUCGCAGAAAUCAAAGUGAUUUUGGGGGGGGGGGGGGGUAAGGGGGAGUUACUGUCAGGUAUUGAGUGUGAACUUUCACUAAAAGUGUUUACAAAGUAGACGUAAAUCCUCCCUCACUGCGCUCUGUUUUUACUUAGAUCAACCACUAUCGACAGAUUUAAGGGACGCUGACGGAAGAAAGGGGGAUUUAUUUUAUUAAAAAAGGUGGGAGAUUGAGAGGAGGGAUAUCAUGAGAUGCUUCGGAGAGACAAUGUUUUUUUUUUUAAAGAUGGAUAUUGUCAGGAACUGUCGGGAAAGUCGGGUAUUUUUCCACUGAGUGAGUUUUCAGAGAAACUUGAGAGAACAAUUCUACGUCUGUAAAUCAGACGUGAGGGUAAAGCAGAUUAUAUUAGCUACUGGUGCUAAUUUGGUUAUUAACUAACAUCUUAUCAAACUAUCAGUUCAGUUGGUAUUUGGUUAUGCAUCAUGAACAGCUGUUUAGUUAGCCGUUAGAAGCUAACCCACGAGCUACUCUUCAUCUGAAAGCUAGUGAACUGAUAUGAGUAAAAUCACAUCUGGAAAACUGUACCAUACAUCUUUGAAUCUCCAAAACAUCCACAUUUCAAGAGCUUAGAAAUACAACCUUAUGUUCUGCUUGGUGGCAUUUUAAUUUGGUUUCAAGAGAUGCUUUGGUGUGCGGUUGUAUGAGUUUCUUGUAUGACUUACAGUAGAUGGUGGUCUGCACGCUAGAUUUUGAAUUCUCACUCACUUCACAUUUGUAACGGGUUAACUGACACGGCUUUUUCUGUCUUUGAAUCGUUGAGAUAAUCAGUCAUAUUGUCCGCUUCAGUUCCCGUCUGACACAGAUUGUAUUAUCACACGGUUAAAAGAGUUUAAAUUUCACACACUUGUUUAUUUUAGCUGCUUCCCCUUUAGGAGCCAUCUACUGUAGGUUAAACAAGGACUGUGGACACGUGCAAACUCACUCUCAGAGCUUUCUCUUGUAAUAUCUCUGAGGAUUUGAAGCUGCUUUCACAUGAUGCGCCAUUUUGUUUCUGGUUGUUUUGGACGCUACGUUCAUCUGUAAUCUGAUUGGUUGCUCGUAGAAAGGUCAGAGGUGAACGCAGCUUUAAUCAGAACAGCUGAUGAAAUGAACUCAGUGUGAAAAAUACCUGACGUCUCCUCAAAGGAUGCUGGGAUUUAGAAAGUCACGUACAGAAAUCUCCCUCACUUAAACGCGUCACUUUUUUUAUAUCCAUGGUUUGUCAGACUGCCCCCACACACACACACACACACACACACACACACACACACAGAAACCACUUGUUAACACACACCCUGCUAUGUAAAAAAAAAACGGUUCUACUGCUGUCUUUAAACUUAAAAAUUGUAGAUUUUUUUUUGUGUCUAAUAACUCCUUUGUAUAUACUACUCCAGAUUUGUAUGUAACGUUUAUGGUAGUAAUUUAUUUAACUCGUCUCCUCAGUAAGAAAGUUCCUCGAGCACCACUUUAUUUUUAAAAUUAGGAAUUCAAUGUGCCAUUUGUUUAUUCUGUAUUAAUGUGACUAAAUGUACAAUUAAAACCCCUCAAUGUUUUUUUUCUUUUGUUAACACGGUUGUCCUUAAGCUGGUGUUAGAGGAGGUGUUUUUAAAAUGUUCUGGAUGUAGCGCGCAGUCGUUAAAUGUCAGACGUGAAGUUUUUUCCCCGCUGCCGGGUUCUGCACCUCGCUGGCUUUUAUUAAAAGAAAUAGGAGAAUAUGGUGUGUUCACAAACAUCAGGUUGCAAUCACACACACACUCUCCACUCCUACUCCACAUUUGAGAUUAAAAAAACACUUGUAAUCCACUUUCUAAGUCUGAUUUAAAAAGAGAACCGUCUCCUCUGAGGUUUUCCAUUUGUACAAACGGGGACGUUUCAGCAGCUGAUUUUUUGGAUUAUUUGUUUUAAUUAACAUCAAUGUUUCAUUACCUGCUAACUCACAAUCUACAUCAUGUUCCUAGACUGCAUGAAGAAAUGCAACGAAUGCUUUCACCGCUGUAUACAACAUGAGGUGGUGAUGCACUUCUUGGGAAUGAUUACAGAUGAAAAACAUGAUCGUAUUAAGAGCUUUGUUUUGAUCAGACUUAGAAAAUGGUUUAUCAGCAAAAGAAAUUGGCCUUCAGGGCUUCCGUAGUUUUAACUUUAACCAGACACUCAUUAGACAUUUGAUUUAAUGACGUGGAUAUAAGACAUUUGAUGAGCUGACACUCCAACAUGUUUUGCUUAAAAAUACAAUUCAACGAUUAGAAUGGAUUUGAAACAUGUCUCAAAAUACAUUAUCAGCUGGUGAUAUUUCCGUAUUCUCACGUGUAAAGGCGUUAUCAGUCUGUUGUGUUCACGCUGUUUACAGACUGAAUCACCGCUGUGUUGUGUAUUGGAGAAACAUUUAGACGCAGUUUGCUGGAGGACUAAUUAAAUACAUCUCGAUGACGCUUCGUUAAGAUAAAGGAGAUUAAAGUGAACCCGGCUGAGGGGAAACACGACGCCUGCUUCCAGUUUUUACUCAUCUCUCUACGGCUACAUUAACAACAUCCUUUUUAUUUAUUUUUAUAUUUUUUAAUUAGAAAUUACUUUCUGAGCCGGGUUUUGUGGUCAAUCAUGUCAAUAUAGUUUUUAGAAUCCAAAUAAAAACUGUUGGUUUAAAUGUU